UACGAGAGAGGGAGAACAAAAUUUGCUUAUUUCGAAAUUUAAAAGAAACCCUUGUGCAAAACCUGAAACUGUUAGAUUAUGGUAAUCCACCUCCUCUAUUAUAUAGGAGCACUUGUGUUUGAUAAAAAAUCUUUCCGACGAAUAUAUCAUCUGUCAAAAUUAUUCUCAAAACCUAACAGUCCCACUGCCAUCUUCAUCUUCUUCUCCUUCUACAAUGGAAAACGAACUUCCGAUUAGCAGACGUUUCUUCAAAGUCAUGGUGCCCGGUUUCCAUGCAAAACUUACAAUUCCACCAGCUUUUUGUCUGAAGCUAAAAGGGGAAAAAUCAGAAAAAGGGACUUUAAAACAUGGAAAGGGUACAUGGAAUGUAGGAAUUGGUCGAUCGAAGAAUGGCGUUAUGUGGUUUGAUAAGGGUUGGGAACAAUUUGUGCAAAAUUAUAACCUAAAAAUUGGAGACUUUGCUGUGUUUGAGCACUUGGGUAAUAUGAAUUUCAGUGUUAGCCUUCUUGAUUCUACUGGUUGUGACAAAAAGUUUUUGAUGUUGGAAGAUGGUAAACAACAAGUACCUUCCCAAGUGAAAUCUCCAGAGUGCAGAAUAGAGAAAAGGAAACCCGAGGGAGAUGUACUGAUCCACCAAUACGUGAAAGGAAGUUCUGAGUUUACGGCAAGAAUAAAAGAAUAUAACGUCAGAAAACGUUCUCCUUAUUUGCAUAUACCCACGGAAUUUUGUCAUUCAAAUGCACUCCUUCAGAAUACAACCAUAACAUUAACAGGUCCAUCGGGUAUAUCAUGUCCUGUGAGUCUAAGAAUUUGCCCUGGUGGGAAGACUUUAUAUGUCAUUAUGACAACAGGCUGGCGUGACUUCUUUUCAAGCAACAAGCUAAAAGUAGGAGAUGUUUGCAUCUUCCAAAUUGAUCGCACAAAUAGCGACUCAAAAUCCAUUACAAUGAAUGUUCGUGUCAUGUAGGUUGUGGAGUUUUCAUUUAUCUUUAUACUUUUGGUGUUUUUAAGAGUUAGUGGUGCCUUGUAUAUUUCCUGAGCGGAUGGUCUAUUGGAAACAACCUCCCUAUCCUCACAAGGUAGGGGUAAGGUUUGCAUAUACACUAACCUCCCCAAACCGCACGGUGUGGGAUAAUACUGGGUAUGUUGUUGUUGUUGGUGCCUUGUAUACUUAUUUCAUCAGGUAAAGGUUCAUUUUAUUUAUAUAAUUGGCUGAUCAGCAAUGAGUUGUAUUACUAGCUGCUGCAGAGAAACUAGGCACAGCACAUGUUAUCCCUAGUGAAAAAAUGACCAUGAAUGCUGCAAUGUCACUGAGAUUUCCCAAGAAGCAGCUCUUCAGAGAGAUGAAAGCUCUAUUUUGUGGAGAGAAUAUACUAGCUCUUGCUACCGAAAUCUGGCAGUAAAGAAAUGCUUGAGGUUUUGCCGUCUUCAUAGUAGUAUUUUGGCUACAGCCUGUGAGUUAUGAUAUACUCAUUUGGCCUAGUACAUUUGUUUAAAAGGGUGUAUCCCCAGAUUAUUUUGUGGUAUUUAGAAACAUAAUGAAUAUCGUGGGCGUUCUGCCUAAGCAUAUCAACGGUAUUUUUCAUA